UGUUAACCAGGAAUGCGCAAGUAACCUCAGAGCCAUCCUGCCCACUUGCCAUCAGUUGCCGCUGAUCUUUUACGAAGGGUUGCAAACAGCAUGUCUGGACUGAACCUCAUUUUAGUGCGCGAAAGCUGAAACCAUCGGUUGAUAAGCUGAAGAACUGUACUGGUUUCCAUGUUCUUGCCAAGUUUCCUGGCUUGUACACCGUUGCAGUAGAUGAAGAUUUGUAACCCCAGCACCCUAUUCCAUGAAAAAUGCUCAAAGUUCUGUCCUCAGAGAAAAAACAGAGGUUCAAGAUAACUGACAGUCGUUUUGUCCGGUGCCUUCUUACCGAAGGCGAAGGCUGGCUCCAUCACUUGGUCCAUUGAAUUGCCUUUUGAGCUCAUCGCACCGGCCGAUAACAAACUCCGGCCGACAUAUCCACUGGCCCAAAGGAGCAUUCAAGCCGAGCACGCCGCCUUCCGGCAUGCUGCAGCACAUUAUAAAUACCUGGCCAGACACACCAGCUGAAUGCAUCAGUUCUCCAUCUUCCUCUUCCAAAGCUCAGCUAGAGAGGGCUGAAGAAGAUGGCGAACAAACACUUGUCCCUCUUCCUCGUCCUCCUUGGCCUGUCGGCCAGCUUGGCAUCCGGGCAAGUCCUCUUUCAGGGCUUCAACUGGGAGUCGUGGAAGCACAAUGGCGGGUGGUACAACUUCCUGAUGGGCAAGGUGGACGACAUCGCCGCCGCCGGCAUCACGCACGUCUGGCUCCCUCCGGCGUCGCAGUCCGUCGCCGAGCAAGGCUACAUGCCGGGCCGGCUCUACGACCUGGACGCCUCCAAGUACGGCAACAAGGCGCAGCUCAAGUCCCUCAUCGGGGCGCUCCACGGCAAGGGCGUCAAGGCCAUCGCCGACAUCGUCAUCAACCACCGCACCGCGGAGCACAAGGACGGCCGGGGCAUCUACUGCAUCUUCGAGGGCGGCACCCCCGACGCCCGCCUCGACUGGGGCCCCCACAUGAUCUGCCGCGACGACCGGCCCUACGCCGACGGCACCGGCAACCCGGACACCGGCGCCGACUUCGGGGCCGCCCCCGACAUCGACCACCUCAACCCGCGCGUCCAGAAGGAGCUCGUCGAGUGGCUCAACUGGCUCAGGACCGACGUCGGCUUCGACGGCUGGCGCUUCGACUUCGCCAAGGGCUACUCCGCGGACGUCGCCAAGAUUUACAUUGACCGCUCGGAGCCCAGCUUCGCCGUGGCCGAGAUAUGGACGUCGCUCGCGUACGGCGGUGACGGCAAGCCCAACCUCAACCAGGACCAGCACCGGCAGGAGCUGGUGAACUGGGUGGACAAGGUUGGCGGCAAAGGCCCCGCUACCACGUUCGACUUCACCACCAAGGGCAUCCUGAACGUGGCCGUGGAGGGCGAGCUGUGGCGGCUGCGCGGCACCGACGGCAAGGCGCCAGGCAUGAUCGGGUGGUGGCCCGCCAAGGCGGUGACCUUUGUGGACAACCACGACACCGGCUCCACGCAGCACAUGUGGCCCUUCCCGUCUGACAGGGUCAUGCAGGGAUAUGCCUACAUCCUCACGCACCCAGGCACCCCAUGCAUCUUCUACGAUCAUUUCUUCGACUGGGGUCUGAAGGACGAGAUCGAUCGCCUGGUGUCAAUCAGGACCCGGCAUGGGAUACACAGUGAAAGCAAGCUGCAAAUCAUAGAGGCCGACGCCGACCUUUAUCUCGCCGAGAUCGACGGCAAGGUCAUCGUCAAGGUCGGGCCAAGAUAUGAUGUGGGACACCUCAUUCCGGGAGGCUUCAAGGUGGCCGCGCAUGGCAAUGACUAUGCGGUAUGGGAGAAAAUAUGAGCAAAAUUGCCGAAGGAGCUCUACAAUUUUUUCCCUAUGUGUACGUGAUACAUAUUGGUCCGAGCUCACGUUGUCCACAUAGUACGAUUUAGUACUUCCUCCAUGUAAAAGUGAGGACGAGGGGCAUCCAUUGUAUUCUCAAUAAAUAAUAAUCAUUUCAUAUUUUCAGUACUUAUGGUUCA